AACAAUUCACUUCAUCGUUAUUUGACGGCUAACUCUCAUGUUUUCAAAAUGGCUGCUGUGGGCGCGUGGGCUACUGUUCCUGUGGAUUUUUUGACACAAACUACAAUUGCAAGCGACUUGAUAAUUGCUAAGAUGGAGGAUUAUUUAAUUAAGGUUUUUGGGUAUCCAAAAGCAUUUUUGAUGGUGUUAGCCAAGGCAUCCUUUGGGCGUCAACCCAUUCCAAUAGUUAAUUGUGAGCUCUUCAUUACCAAAACAUGGAAAUUUCUCAAAGAAAUUGAGGAUGUAAUAAAUGUUUUGUCUCCAGUAUCAAGUGAAGUUACAGUAGCUACUGGAAACAGUGCAUUUUAUGAUCACAAAGGAUUGCAGAUGUAGUUUCUGAACUUUGAAGGCAUGAGAGAUUUCAGAUAGGCUUGUGAAAAUUAUACACAAAAUUAACCAAAAGAUGUAUUCUUGAGGUGUAAAUGUCUGGAUUAACUAAGAAACUUGGCCCUUUAUUAGUGAUAACCAAGAAUAUUUUCAAGCCUUGAUGAUAUAAUUCCCUGAAUUUAGUAAUUAAAACUUCGCAGCAACUCACCCUUCCUUCGAACUCCGCGUUAGAUAAACCAGCAACGGUCUUUUCCGUGUUUUCCAUUUUGAACAUUGAAAAAAUUCUUCAAUUUUUUUAAUCAAUUGAACAAUUUUUCGAUUAAGAUUAAAGCAAUAUUAUCAGCAUAAGAUGCAGGUUUUCCGCAAGCGAAAUUUGCGUCUAGCAAAUCAGUUGAGAAAUUCACAACAAAAUUUGUAACGGUUUUUUUCGCUUUUUAAGGUUUGAUUAAUUUGACGUAGAAACUGUCGCAAUGUUUCCAAGGAUACCGCGAACAUCAUGCAUUGCUCAUUUGCUGCAGUUCGAAUGUUUAAAAUGAAAUGUUAAACAUAUUUUUGAAUAAAAAGAUCCUUACUUCCCGUCUUGAUUUGACACAGUCCCUGGAGAAGUUCUCCUUGGGAUCUUUGUUUCUCAGAAAACUUUCUGACCCGGUAACAUAAGUUAAUGUUUUUUGGUUGGAAAGUACACUCCCCUCACGAAAGCAUCCGGACAGUUUCGAAUUCAGUUGCGAACCUCUUGUUGGAGGAAUUGGUUUACACAUUUCAAAGUCAGUUUUGAUGAGAACGUUUUUAUCAAACUCCUCGAAUUUUUUCUUGAAGUUUUUUUGGCCUUUAAUCUAUUCAUUCGUCGAAAAAAAAUAAUUAUAUCCAAAUGUAAGCAAACUCUUAAAGGGUUUUUCCUCAAGAUGGUUGCGACCCAAACAAGAGCAUUGACUUCUGAGUAAUGUCUAGAGAUAAUGCUUUAUCACAAUGAUGGGAAAAAGCUAUCAUCAAAUUGCCAGUAUCAUUGAAUGCCCAAAGACUGCCGCUUUCGAGAUAUGCAAAAUUAAUUGAAAAAUAAGGAAUCUAAAUGAUUUUUCACGGCCAAAAAGAGCAAGAGCUCUCGCGACACCAACGUCUGAGCGUUUUGCCCUAACCAAAUUUGCAUCAAAACUGGUUUGCAUCAUUACACAAAACUGCAUUAAAUGUUCACAACCAAUUGAACUUUUAAAAUCUCUCCUUAAAUUGCAGGAAACUUUAUGAUCUGGUAAAAUGUUACCAAAUGUCAUAUGUUUUGUAAUCGAUCGGUGGCAUCUUCGUCAAAGAUUUUUCCCAACUGAGAGUAUACACGUUGGUUUUCUCUGUGUCUCAAGAAAAAGUUUGUAGAAAAAUUAGUCCGUUUUAUUGGCCCGUUUAACUGAGUCUAAGUUGCCUGACUUGCUGUUCUCUUCUUGAUUUGCGUAAGGCUUGUAGCGCAAAUGUUUCUCAUUUUCUCAAAAAAUGAUAACGGAUAAAAAGCGCAUAAGUUUUGCAGCAUUUUAAUGUUCUGGUCUAUUUUGGAAGGGUUUCUCACAAAUUUAAGUCGUCAUUGCCAGACUAAAUUUGUUUUUGUCUGAAAACGCAAUCGAUCUUCGAACUGUUUGGUACUUUCAAGAGGGGUUUGUAUAGUAGAAGAAAGAGGAAUGGCGGUUCACAAUGACCACGGGCCUAAGUUGACAGGUUUCUAAAACAGAAGUUGAGCGCUAAAGGGUUUUUGUAACGACCGUUUUGUAACGAAAAUAUUCUCGAAGGAUUCAUAAAAUAUUGCCUCAAAGUACAGACGAAACUAACUAUGCACAAGAUAAUUUAAUUAAGCUUGAAACUUAAUACGUGCACAUUUGUUCUGACUUUAAAUAUUAGUACCGAGAAGUUCAUUUUGGCCAUGAUAUCAGCCUUUAGGUUAUCAAAAGUGAUAUCAUGUGAACAAUUUAAAAAACUGGCAUUUAGUGAUCAAAAUAGUUUUCUGUAGAUGACUGUAUAUGAUGUGCUUUGGCUGUAGAUGAUUCUUUUCAUUAAUUUCAGAAGCAUAAUAAACGAACGUUUUACAUUUAUUUUUUUUGUCACGUGCUUUGAUAAUGAGUAAAUCAGAAUUUAAGAUGAACAAGUCAUUAACAUCAAAUGUAGAGCAACUCAUUUUGUGUCAGUAUUGAAACUUUGAAUUUAAAGUGCACUGCUAACGUCACUUUCUCAGUUAAAUUUUUUUCAUGAAAAUGAAGCUUUAAGCAGUUUGCUUCGAAUUUAAACAUUUUUCGUUCACGUUUCGUCAAUAAAGUGACACUUCGUGGUCAUCUUUCAUGAAUAAUCAGAUAAUCUUUUACAGAAUUGUUUUGAAGCAGUGCUCCACAGUUUUGCUGAAUUUUUCCCCUCAAAACAGCAAACCGAUUAGUAAAUUUUCUUAAAACCAAAAGUUGAAGAAAUGGCGAAUGCAUUAUCGUUUCCAAGCCCCUUCGCCUCAUAAUUCUGAUUUUGAAAUUGGUCGGCUUAGGCCCGUGGUCACUAUGAGCCACCAUUUUGACCAACUGUUUUCAUACUUUUGCGACCCUAGUGUAUAUGUAAUGUUAGUUCGAAAACAAUAUUGAAUUGAGUUCUAAUAAAAGGACAGGAGUGUAGUCUUAUCUUUACGGAUUUAAUGUUUAUUUAUUCAUCUUUUCAAAAGAAUUACUAGCAUUAAUUGUAUUCAUUUUGCAUAUUUACCACACAAUAUCAUCAAAUAUUCAAAUUGGUGUGUGUCAUAAACACUCAAUUUUGGCCAAAUUGCCGAGCAAAAUGUUCUAGAUAAUUCAUAAGGCUUAUUAAUUCAUAAUUUUUUAGGCUGCUUUUGGAUCAGUGAUAGACGUUCCUCUUCUUCUGUUAAAAAAACGUGAAAUCAGUUUAGUUGUUUUUUAUGAAAUCUAAUAGGUGUUUUGGAUGUUGGGCUCUUCCAUUUAAUGUCAAUUCGCUUAAUCUUUUUUAUCUUUUAUUGCAAUUUCUUCUUGUUGUUUUAUUUUUGAUUUCGCCAUAUAAAGACGAUUUGGUACGAUUUUUAGUCGACGAUUAGAUUUUGUGACGAUUAUUUUUGGGCUUGCGUGAAGAACAACAUUUGGUUGUUUGUUUUUUGUCAAGGUGUAAAAGCGUUAUGCACUUAGAACAUAAUGCUCAUUCUUGCAAUUCUUUGAAUAGCUGCCACUGCAAUAAACUGUCAGAAUAUUGCUAAGUGUUUGAUGGCUGUUUCUGCAAUACUCUCUUCUCCCGUAAAAAAGUCAUCUACGUAAAACCAUCUUUGCAAAAUCAGAAGUAUGCUAUGCAUCUUCCAAUUAGCAAAUAGAUGGUUGGUUUAAAAGUUCCAAUGCCAAAUUUUACGAUGCUGAAGAACUAGAUAAGCAUAAAGUUACUUAAAGAUACAUUUCGUGAUGCCAGUAUCUAUUAUUUAUGUCAAUAAUGAUUUUGCCAAGAAUAAUUCAUUACUGGGCUCUUAACUAUAACCAUUCAUAUUUAAGGCUGAUUGCAAUCUUGUUUCCGAAAACCCUUCCAAUUGCCAAAAUGAUUAGCAGAACCACGAUGAUAGAAUUCAGAUCUAGCAUGUGAUAAUAGUGGCAUCAUCACAAUUAAAUUCCUUGCUGUCGCAGCCUAAUUGUUACCCAGUGCCAGAUUGAGCCCACAUUAGGCCUGAUGUACCCGGACGAAGAGCCCUUCAUUGGGCCUAUUCAGCUUCAGGAAGAUUUUGAUCUGUUUUCCUCUGGUUUUCUUUCAAGAAUAGGUCUGAUACUGCAGCACAAUUACCACCCACCUUAAUCUGGCCCUGAAUUCCUUCACACAUCUCAUAUCAUUUUAAUGUCGGCUACUUUCCUUGUCAACUACCAUCUACUAUGAAAUAUUCAACACAACUGUAUUCUUUGUAACCUCGUGCCUGUUUGCUUUGCUUUAAAGCUAUCUUAAAUGUAUACUUGGAUUCGCAGAAAAACAAAAUCAUUUAUAUUUGAAUAAACAAAUUCCACAUGUCAAUCAUUUCAGAAAACUCAGAAAGAAGUCUCAGUGUUGUUUUAAACAUAUUCCAUUUAUAUUAUAUCUUCUUAAGGAUACAUUUGCCAUUAUGCAUUUAAAAUGCAAUUAAAUUACUAAUUUGCAAUGUCUUUUCUAAUUACCUACUUCGAAUGGUCUUAAAAUACACUUCAGUUAGGAAAGUGUCAUCCGAGGUGAUGAAUUUACCAACAAUUAAAGCUAUUUGUCCAUUUAUCAUAUUAUUCUCGCCGGGUUAAACCAACUUUUUACUAUUGUAAAGUAUAAAGAUAGGAGAGGGGUCGAGUGGCAGGAGACAUUAUCUGUUUAUUCUACCCUUAGAGAUAUGGCCCGUAAACGAAAAUGUGAAGUGCUCAAGAUCUGAAAUUUCUACUGAUCGUACGAGCUUUCAUCUCAAGAAGAUUUGAAACUUGUUUUCUUAUGCGGCCAAAUCUCGUCUUUCUAAGGGGACCUUUCUUCUCUUUUCUAUUCGAUCUGUCUCUAGCUAAAGCUCUUUUAACUCUCUCUAACACUUCAAAGCGCUUUCUAGCCUCCUUUUCCGCAUCUAUAUCUUUUGAUACACAAUCAGCUUUCAAUAUCAUUACCUCUGUUUUUUUACCAUCCGUUUUACGACUUUCCAUCUGCAUUACUGUGUGUUCAAAAGACUUAUUUUUAACUGCCCAGUUGCCUCCAUCAGUUUUAUAGAAAACUAUUUUCAGAGACUCUGGUCGACUAACUGUAGCAGUUUCCCCAAUCAAACCUUGCUCUUUUAGGCUACAUCUAGCUAUGGGAGCAGAAUUUGGCUUUUGGGUUAUUGAUUCGCUUAAUUGAUUACAGUCAUUCUUUUGACUGAUGAUAUCUUCGGAUGGCUUAGCUUCAUUUUUUAUGGAAAGGCUUUGCCUGGCGACUUUUUCUGAGGCUACAAAAGGUGGAGAAUGGUAGUCUCUACAUCCUUUUAGAUUAGUAUGGAGGGAAUUACUAAGCUUGGAAGUCAGCAGAGACCUUUUGUCAGAAUUUAAUGGCGAUAUUUGAUUGUUGUUUUGGCCAUUUUCUGAAAGAUCAGUCGUUCUUUCAUUUUUCUGAAAGACUGGUAGGAUAUUUGGUGCCUUAAUUUCGUACGACACAUUAUACUGACUUUUAAGCCAAGCUCUUACGAACUCAUUUUUGCUUAUGCCACAGUCAGUGGAGAGUCUCGCGCUUUCUUCAGUCUCCCAUUCUCGUACGGCAUCCUUCUUCACCUUUUUCCUUGACUGCUCCACCCUUUCUUUCGAGGACGAAUCAUGGACAGCACCUUCGUCUUGUCUUUUUCGUUUUUGCCCCUUGAUUCCUGUUUCUAACAACGGAGCUUGAUCUUGUUGGACGACAUUUUGGUUCACUGCCACAAUUUGAUCGAAUUUGCAAGGACCAAUUCUAAAAACACCAGCCCCAAACAUCAUCUUAACAUCGAACUCCUCUUUGCCACUCAGAUCGCAGACUUGAAAGUCUUCGAUGAGUUCUUCUUUGAUUUUAUUGAAAGAUUUGAUGCUUUCAUCUACAUCCAGUGUAGAGAAGUCGAGUAGAAGACGUAUUUCGAUGCUUAUUACUGUAGUAAUCGUUGGACUCUGCGGAUAAAGAUUUCGGGGAGCUUUUUAGUAAAUGGGUAGUUUUAAAAGAAAAAAUCAUAAUUUGUGAAUUGAAGCAAUUAAAGAUUUGUUUUUCUUUGUUGAACAUUAUAGCUGAAAUGAAAUUUAUUGUGAACAAACCUUUUCUAAAUCUUCGAUUGUGGAAAGAAUGUGGUCCAACGAUUUGACAAUAUCCUGCACAAUGUUGCCAAUGUUUUCAAGCUUGGAGGAUGCGUUAUAAUCAUCAACCUAAGAGAAUGAUAAAACGUGAACUAAAAUUUUUCCAACUGAUUCAUGAGCAAUGGUUGGAAACCUAAACUUUGUGAAGAUGUGACUCAAUAUGACUUUUGUAGCUUGAUAGGGACGUUACACAUAAAUCGGAGUAUACAAAAUUGAUAAUCAAUGGAGUUGUGUGUGUUGUAAAGAACAAAAAUUGAUGCAAUAGAAUAACAGCUUGCAUCGUAACGUGAUGCAAUAGAAAUGCAUCGUUAGUACGAAAUUUUGAGCAUAACUCUUCAUAUGGCGGCCUUUGUUUCAGGUUCGAUUGAUAUUCUCGAACCUUUUCGAUGACCUGAUGAAGAGUUGGAUGACUAUAAUUGAUGUAUCCAGGUGGCAUCAGGCGAGCAAUAAUAUGAAUGUCUGACUUCCUAAUAUUUAGUCGAUAGUUCGCCAGUAAACCUUGAGAUAGUUAAUGAUGUCGUUGCAUACAAUCGACUGUCUGCGAACUUUCUUUCGCGACUCUUCCUUCUCGAAAAUCAGGGCACGCAACUGAUAGAAAUAGCUGAGUGCUCAAAAAACCUGAAAAUCUGUUGACAAUAGCCAAAAAGUUUUCCUAUUUCUUUAGAAAAUCAAAAGAACUACUUAUGAUAUCUCCCUAUAAUUCAGCAUCCUGCACUUUGUAUACCUGGUCAUAGAUCAAUUGACCCUAAGCCGGGAUCCCUAUCAAGGAAUUUUUUUGCAUAAAAGUUUGUAAGUAUUUAUAGAAACGAAUUUGGUCUCUUACCAAGGCAUUGGCAUUCACUAAGUCAUUAAUGCAGCCACUGGCGUGGGUUUUCAACUGAAAAUAAACAUUGAGCAACUAAGAACAUAAUUGAUUGCAGUAAUACAGCAAGUCUUUCGCUUUCUUUGUUGAACUCCUAAAGCUUACUAACAUUUCCUUGCGAAUAUCAAACUGCACAUUAACAAUAUUAUUUGCUCUCAACCAUCGUGCAAUUAGAAGGAACAGCUUUUUAUGGUAGUAUGAUAGCUUUGGAAGGUAUAAUUUUCCUUCAGGUGAGACCUUCUUCUCACAUUUAUUUUAACCAAUUAUAACCAGUCUGUUUCAAAGCAUUUAUUUCAUUUCAAAGCAUUCGAAGGAUAUUAUUUGCAGUUGAACAAAUCAUUUGAAAUAGGAUUCCAAGGCCACAACUUACGUCUUUGAAAGCCGACCGUCUGUACGAAGAGUCUGAUAAUUUUGAAAUGAUUUCUGCAUUUUUAUCGCCAUUGUCUGUUAAACCUUUGGCAAUUUUCAACAGAAUAUCUACGAAGAUGCAGUUAUUAUAAAACAUAGCCGUUGUAGGUGGAUACUGGUCUGGUGUGGAAUUUGGAUAUAUUUAUAUAUUUAUACAUCAUAUUUAAAAAAAUACAAUAAUAAUUUAUGUAUUUAUUUGAUAGCUCUGAAGUUUAAGGCUUUUUGAGUAGAUGCUCGAUAAAAAUAACUUGUUAAACGUUUCUCAAUAUGCUUUUUCAGAAUAACCUUCAUUUAAAUUUGGAGCUUAAAAUAAAGACAAAUUUAUAUACAGCAAUAUUUAGUGAUAGUUUGAUAGUUAUAGUGAUGUAUGAGGAUAGUGACAUUGUGAUAUAGAUAUAGUGAUAAUCUAUUUUAAUGUUUUAUAGUGAACUUAUGGAUAAAGUAAACUAUUUUCUUCAGAUGAUUAGGAAGAAUACAACCAAGAAAUAAGAAGAUUGAUCAAAACAUUUCAUACCGGUGUUAUUUGCCAGACGUUCAAAUGUUGUGAGCAAGUUUGCUCUUUGAAGCUCAGCAUCUUGGAAAGUCUGAAAAAGAUACAGCUCAGAAUAAUCUUAAAAAUAACAAAUCUCAAAGAUGCUAUUAAUAUUCUUGGAUCCCACCGUCUAGCAAUAAGGCAAUACUUUUCAACAUAUUUUGAAAAUCUGGAAACAAUAAACAAGAAAAGAGAGAAAUCUUAAUAAUUGAGGUUGAUGUCACAAAUUAUUUGCUUGUGUCAAUAAUUUUGACGAUAUCUUUUCCACUGUAGUAAUGUGCAGUUUCUAAUGUUAUUUACAACUGACGCAAAAAGAUUCAACUUGAGCUCAUUGCGAGGCUAACCGUUGGAUACGUGUUGUCAAGGAGACAAUGCUUGACGACAAAAUGGCAGCUUAAAUCCGAUAUAUCGUUUUCACUUUGGAACCGAUCAAAAGUUUUGUUUCAUUUUGUUUUGGUCGAGGAACUAGUUAAAAUUUUCCGUGAAAAAGUAAAUUUUUCUUUUCACAACUAGAUGACUCUGUAUUCUGUAGGAAUGAAUUAUAUGUGACAUGUUAUCGGGAUCACUCCUUUUCCCCCCGGAGAAGAGUCUUAAUUUUUCUGGCACAUUGUAUUAGGCAUAGAAAAAAGUUAAAAAAUUCUCAAUUGCUGAGAAAAUGCACUUGGAAAAAAAUAUUAAUCUCUCUUCAUUCUUUUUCUUUUGAAAAUAAGCCCAUUUUGUGAGUAAUUCAGUUUUUUGAGAAAUCUUUAUUCCUUAUGAGAGACCUUCCCAGGUACUUGAAUAAUUUUUUGACGCCUUAGGACAUAAUCUAUUUUCAUAAUCGUUUUUGAUUUUUGUGUUUCAGUCAAGUGUUUACUUGAAACCUCUGCAAGCUACUGUUGUAGCCCUUUAUAUUGAAGGCUUUUGGCAAAUAGCAUUUGUUGCCUUCGACCGUUUGAUUCUCACUUUCAACUCCUUUAUAGCUUUAAAAACAUGUAGAAAUGUGGAACCUACUUGAUUUUAUACAACUGUGGCGAAAUAGAGAGAUGAAAAAGUAAUCAUCUUUCGAGAGAUCAAAAUUAUCUUUUAUUUUAACGUUUUUUAGGAUUGCAGAUGUAGUUUUUGAACUUUGAAGACAUGAGAGAUUUCAGUUAGGCUUGUGAAAAUUAUACACAAAAUUAACCAAAAGAUGUAUUAUUGAGGUGUAAAAGUCUGCAUUAACUAAGAAACUUGGCCCCUUUAUUAGUGAUAACCAAGAAUUUUUUCAAGUCUUGAUAAUAUAAUUCCCUGAAUUUAGGAAUUGAAACUUCGCAGCAACUCACCCUUCCUUCGAACUCCGCGUUCGAUAAACCAGCAACGGUCUUUUCCGUGUUUUCCAUUUUGAACAUUGAAAAAUUCUUCAACUUUUUGAAUCAAUUGAACAAUUUUUCGAUUAAGAUUAAAGCAAUAUUAUCAGCAUAAGAUGCAGGUUUUCCGCAAGUGAAUUUUGCGUGUAGCAAAUCAGUUGAGAAAUUCACAACAAAAUUUGUAACGGUUUUUUCGCUUUUUAAGGUUUGAUUAAUUUGACGUAGAAACUAUCGCAAUGUUUCCAAGGAUACCGCGAACAUCAUGCAUUGCUCAUUUGCAGCAGUUUGAAUGUUUAAAAUGAAAUGUUAAAUAUAUUUUUGAGUAAAAAGAUCCUUACUUACCGUCUUGAUAUGACACAGUCCCUGGAGAAGUUCUCCUUGGGAUCUUUGUUUCUCAAAAAACUUUCUGACCCGGUAGCAUAAGUUAAUGUUUUUUGGUUGGAAAGUACACUCCCCUCACGAAAGCAUCCGGACAGGUUCGAAUUCAGUUGCGAAUCUCUUGUUGGAGGAAUUUGUUUACUAAUUUCAAAGUCAGUUUUCAUGAAAACGUUUCUAUCAAUCUCCUCGAAUUUUUUCUUGAAGUUUUUUUGGCCUUUAAUCUAUUCAUUCGUCGAAAGAAAAUAAUUAUAUCCAAAUGUAAGCAAACUUUUUAAGGGUUUUUUCUCAAGAUGGUUGCGACCCAAACAAGAGCAUUGACUUCUGAGUAAUGUCUAGAGAUAAUGCUUUAUCACAAUGAUGGGAAAAAGCUAUCAUUAAAUUGCCAGUAUCAUUGAAUGCCCAAAGACUGCCGCUUUCGAGAUAUGCAAAAUUAAUUGAAAAAUAAGGAAUCUAAAUGAUUUUUCACGGCCAAAAAGAGCAAGAGCUCUCGCGACACCAACGUCUGAGCGUUUUGCCCUAACCAAAUUUGCAUCAAAACUGGUUUGCAUCAUUACACAAAACUGCAUUAAAUGUUCACAACCAAUUGAACUUUUAAAAUCUCUCCUUAAAUUGCAGGAAACUUUAUGAUCUGGUAAAAUGUUACCAAAUGUCAUAUGUUUUGUAAUCGAUCGGUGGCAUCUUCGUCAAAGAUUUUUCCCAACUGAGAGUAUACACGUUGGUUUUCUCUGUGUCUCAAGAAAAAGUUUGUAGAAAAAUUAGUCCGUUUUAUUGGCCCGUUUAACUGAGUCUAAGUUGCCUGACUUGCUGUUCUCUUCUUGAUUUGCGUAAGGCUUGUAGCGCAAAUGUUUCUCAUUUUCUCAAAAAAUGAUAACGGAUAAAAAGCGCAUAAGUUUUGCAGCAUUUUAAUGUUCUGGUCUAUUUUGGAAGGGUUUCUCACAAAUUUAAGUCGUCAUUGCCAGCCUAAAUUUGUUUUUGUCUGAAAACGCAAUCGAUCUUCGAACUGUUUGGUACUUUCAAGAGGGGUUUGUAUAGUAGAAGAAAGAGGAAUGGCGGUUCACAAUGACCACGGGCCUAAGCUGACAGGUUUCUAAAACAGAAGUUGAGCGCUAAAGGGUUUUUGUAACGACCGUUUUGUAACGAAAAUAUUCUCGAAGGAUUCAUAAAAUAUUGCCUCAAAGUACAGACGAAACUAACUAUGCACAAGAUAAUUUAAUUAAGCUUGAAACUUAAUACGUGCACAUUUGUUCUGACUUUAAAUAUUAGUACCGAGAAGUUCAUUUUGGCCAUGAUAUCAACCUUUAGGUUAUCAAAAGUGAUAUCAUGUGAACAAUUUAAAAAACUGGCAUUUAGUGAUCAAAAUAGUUUUCUGUAGAUGACUGUAUAUGAUGUGCUUUGGCUGUAGAUGAUUCUUUUCAUUAAUUUCAGAAGCAUAAUAAACGAACAUUUUACAUUUAUUUUUUUUGUCACGUGCUUUGAUAAUGAGUAAAUCAGAAUUUAAGAUAAACAAGUCAUUAACAUCAAAUGUAGAGCAACUCAUUUUGUGUCAGUAUUGAAACUUUGAAUUUGAAGUGCACUGCUAACGUCACUUUCUCAGUUAAAUUUUUUUCAUGAAAAUGAAGCUUUAAGCAGUUUGCUUCGAAUUUAAACAUUUUUCGUUCACGUUUCGUCAAUAAAGUGACACUUCGUGGUCAUCUUUCAUGAAUAAUCAGAUAAUCUUUUACAGAAUUGUUUUGAAGCAGUGCUUCAAAGUUUUGCUGAAUUUUUCCCCUCAAAACAGCAAACCGAUUAGUAAAUUUUCUUAAAACCAAAAGUUGAAGAAAUGGCGAAUGCAUUAUCGUUUCCAAGCCCCUUCGCCUCAUAAUUCUGAUUUUGAAAUUGGUCGGCUUAGGCCCGUGGUCACUAUGAGCCACCAUUUUGACCAACUGUUUUCAUACUUUUGCGACCCUAGUGUAUAUGUAAUGUUAGUUCGAAAACAAUAUUGAAUUGAGUUCUAAUAAAAGGACAGGAGUGUAGUCUUAUCUUUACGGAUUUAAUGUUUAUUUAUUCAUCUUUUCAAAAGAAUUACUAGCAUUAAUUGUAUUCAUUUUGCAUAUUUACCACACAAUAUCAUCAAAUAUUCAAAUUGGUGUGUGUCAUAAACACUCAAUUUUGGCCAAAUUGCCGAGCAAAAUGUUCUAGAUAAUUCAUAAGGCUUAUUAAUUCAUAAUUUUUUAGGCUGCUUUUGGAUCAGUGAUAGACGUUCCUCUUCUUCUGUUAAAAAAACGUGAAAUCAGUUUAGUUGUUUUUUUAUGAAAUCUAAUAGGUGUUUUGGAUGUUGGGCUCUUCCAUUUAAUGUCAAUUCGCUUAAUCUUUUUAUCUUUUAUUGCAAUUUCUUCUUGUUGUUUUAUUUUUGAUUUCGCCAUAUAAAGACGAUUUGGUACGAUUUUUAGUCGACGAUCAGAUUUUGUGACGAUUAUUUUUGGGCUUGCGUGAAGAACAACAUUUGGUUGUUUGUUUUUUGUCAAGGUGUAAAAGCGUUAUGCACUUAGAACAUUCUAAUGCUCAUUCUUGCAAUUCUUUGAAUAGCUGCCACUGCAAUAAACUGUCAGAAUAUUGCUAAG